AUUCUUCAAAGGGGGGUCUCUUCUGGGCGGAAUUCUCGGGUUGUGUGCGAGGCUAUGCGAGAGUCACGUGAGAGUUUAGACCACCAUUGGCAGCAUCCAUUUGGUUUAGCGUGCUUUCUCGGCUUUGAGGUUCUGCGACUUGCCUGCUCAGCACUACUACGGCUGCCUUCUCUCUCUCAAUCUCCCCGAACCUCGAAGCAACGAAUACUCAAUUGGGGCCCGAAACCCGCCCGACACAUCCUCGAGCCGCCGUCAAGAUGACUUUCGCAUGGAAGACCGCCGGUCUGACCUACAACCGCUACCUCGCCGUGGCAGCGCGCGCGGUGCGCCGAAGCCUCAAGGAGGACAAGAGGCUGCUCGCCGAGCGACGAGGGGAGAUGGACCUGCGAUUCGCCAAGUGGGAGAACGGCAAGAUGGGCGACUUGAGGCCUCUGGCCGAAGCCAACGCCGCCCCGGCAGCCCAAUCUACCUCGAGCAGCUCCUCGUAGACUUACCUCGAGAACGGAGUGCGCCGGGACUGCGCGAUGAGGGAGGUCUCUCUCGACUAGCGAGCCGACGAGGGCUCUAGCUAUAUACCGUCUACCUAACUUAGAGGGAGGGAGGGGGUUCGCGAAGGGAUGGGUGCGAGUGGAGGAUGGUGCACGACGCAUUGUACAGCUGUAUUAAAAUAAAAUAAAAAGGAAUGCAGGCAGACCUGGUUCGAGCAGGAUGCAACUUGCGCGUGGUGACAUGACAUAGAACCAAGGCGUCGUCCAAGCCGAUCAGAGCCGAUUCGACAUAACGAAAGACACAAGGGGGCGGGGAGGAUGCCGUCCAUAGGCGUGCUCGUGGUAGGUAUGACAUUCUGACCGGUGUAUUGGUGUCUCAGACGUAGCCUAGCCGCCUUCGAGUCCUACAUAGGGGCGCCCAACCGACGGCCUUGACGCAUGGUGUUGGCUAUGAAGCAGCUGGAUGGGUGGUGCGUUGCGUAGGAGGGUGUGGUACGGAGGUUGAUGUGUUAG